AUGGCGCCGAGUCUCUUGGUCGCGGCCUGCACCUUUGCCCGUCUCGCGACGAGUGCCAUAUGCGUCGAAAAGGCCACGACGAUUCCCGACGGGUGGCAGAUGCUCGACGAGAUGCCCGAUGCCUCGACGCCGAUGCGCUUCUCAAUCGCGCUGAGGCAACCUGAAAUGCACACACUGCCCUCCAAGAUUCUCGCCCACGGCUUGCUGGACAUCAACGACACGCGUUCCCUCAAAACACCCGCCAAACAAGACGUGGACCGUGUUAUGGCGUGGCUGUCGUGCAACGGCAUUUCCGGCGCCAGCCUCGACAUGGAUUGGAUUCACGUUCCGACGACGGUUGGCCAAGCCGAAAGACUGCUUGAUACGCGCCUUCGACGCUAUUCAUAUCACGGCCGGAAACCGAUUCUUCGAGCCACCGAGUACAACAUUCCCGAUUCACUCUCCGAAUCUAUCGAUUUUAUUCAUCCCAUUGCCAACUUCAUGACACCCGAGCAUGAGGUAUCCGUUGAACCACCCCUGGCCGCCGAGGACCAGGGCUUGCAUCGCCGCGAUGUUGCCUGCUCGCCCGUCACGACUCUGGACUGCAUCAACAAUUUGUAUGGCAUCAACUACACCACUCCCGAUGGCGAGUCGUGCAUUCGGUUUGGCAUCGCCGGCUUCCUGGAACAAUGGGCCAGCUACGCCGAUACCCAGCAAAGCUUUCGACGCUCGCGACCCGACUUGGUCAAGGCAGGCUACAACUUCACCGUGGAACUGAUCCAGGGCGGCGAGAACAGGCAAGACCUUGGUACUGCCGGAUCGGAAGCCAGCCUGGAUAUUCAGUAUGGAAUGGCUGUUGGCUUCCCCGCAAACGUCAUCUACUAUUCGACAGGUGGCCGUGGUCAAAAGAUUGAUGAGAACGGCAAGCCUCUUACCGGCGAACUCGACGACAACGAGCCUUACCUCGAGCUUCUCCAGUAUCUCUCCUCCAAGACAAAUCAUGACCUCCCCGACGUUCUGUCCAUCUCGUAUGCAGACGAUGAGCUUUCCGUGCCCAGGGCCUAUGCCAUCAGGGUCUGUCACGAGAUUGGUAUGCUCACUGCCCGUGGCGUCUCGGUCCUCGCUAGUUCAGGAGAUGGCGGUGCCAGGGGUGGUAGCAAUGCUACCUGCCGAAGCAACGAUGGCAGCAACAAGGAGAUGACCAUCUCGACGUUUCCGGCCUCGUGUCCCUGGGUCACUUCUGUUGGCGCCGUAGACAACGGUCAGGAGCCGCCAAAUGGGUCCAAUUUCAGCUCCGGAGGCUUUUCUGCCUACUUCCCGCGACCUGACUGGCAAGACACGGCUGUGGAGGAGUACGUCUCUGAGCUCAACGGCCACCUGGAGGGCUACUACAACCCAGAGAUGCGUGCUGUUCCAGACAUUUCCGCCAUUGGCACUCGAUUCAGUACCAUCAUCAACGGGACUCCCCUAAUGCUCCGUGGUACCAGCGCGAGCACGCCCGUUCUCGCCGGCAUGAUUGCUCUGGUGAAUGACGCACGUGUCCGCCAGGGAAAGCCCGUUUUGGGUUGGCUGAACAAGAGGCUAUACUCCGAGGAGGUUCGCAGUGUCCUGCAGGACAUAACGACGGGACAGAGCUUCUCAUGCGACUUUUCGGGGGACAACAAGCCCGGAGGUUGGCCUGCCACCAAGGGUUAUGAUGCGAUUACUGGACUUGGCGUGCCUAAUGACUUUACCAAAUUCAUGGAUGUGUUGGUCAACAUGGAUUAG